AUGAACCUAGGCUUUGGUGAACCUCAAGUAGCUCAAAAUGGUCGACGCAGUCACCACGGUGGAAAAAAACAAGCUUUAAGAAUUCGUCACGAGCUACAACCAAGUUACUAUGGAGAAAGCUUACGAAUUCGCGGAGGCAACACAACAGACACUAAGAACUACCCAUAUAUAGCUGCAAUCAUAAUAAACGGUAGACUGUGGUGCGCGGGCACCAUCGUUGACGUUAAUUGGGUAUUAACGGCCGCGCACUGUCUUAAUUUCGUACUCCACGUUGCCCCAAUGAAAACGUUAGGACAAUACGUCAAAGUUAGGGUCGGCAGCGCGCGCGCCCACGAGGGUGGUACAUUGGUCGACGUAGCCGGAGCUGUCCGACAUCCUAAAUUCGAAGAGGAACCAGUACCACACGCCGAUAUAGCCUUGCUCAAACUUACAGAGAAUCUCGAAUUCCAGCAACAUAUAAACCUAAUCAGGAUAUACGACGGUAUGAAAGAGCCCUAUGCACAAAGCUUCGUGUCUGUAACAGGGUGGGGAGCUACACGAGGUUCAGACACGUCAUUCCGCGACCACACCCCCGACCUCAUGACGGCGCGUCUCAAGGUGCGCACGCGCAGCUACUGCAGCGACGCGUACCAGCUCGUCAACGGCUUUCAGUUCACACCGGAUUUCUUCUGCGCUUCUUUGAGGAAUGGUACUCGAGAUGCGUGCUUGUUUGAUGCCGGAGCGCCUGCCGUGCAACAUAAUCGUCUGAUGGGAGUCAUGAGUUUCGGACCAGAACGCUGCGGACACGAAUACCAACCAGCUGUUUUUAUCAAGGCUUUUUAUUUUAGAGAUUUCGUAAAGCACACAAUAUCCUCGUACAAGACAACAGCUGAGCUGAUUGAGGCGAUGAAGGACAUUGACCCCGUUGUCAGACCACCGGUACACAUUCUGCAAGACGGGCCCGUUUACAGCCCGGAUGAAGUCACGCAACCGGAUAAUAAGCACGAUUAGUGAUAUAAUUGAAGUUUUUCCCUUCAUUGAAGAGCUUUGUCGCUACAGCAACUUUGUUAUAGCUGUAUUCAUUAUGUACGUGUGUCAUUCGUAAUAAACACGAUUAAAAUGC